UUCUGUGAGUGAGCAUGGUUUGGACACGACCACAGGAACCGUCGAUUCCGACUGUUUGGUACACUUUCAAGGCGAGAGAUGCCGAGGGCGAUACCUUGGUGAAGUAUCGGGUGGAGGAUUUAACCGAUGAUCGGUACGAAGAUAUGAUCAAACACUUCUGCGAGAAUUUAGUCGGAGACUCUUCAUUCUAUCAAAGUAAAGGACUGUCCGGCGACUGUCGUGCGAUGUCCGAGUUUGUGGACAUCUGGAAAUGGUGCUUCGGACAGAAGAUGACGCUCGUUUGCUACAAGGAGGGCUCAGAUGAAAUUGUAGGGGCGAAUCUGCUUUAUGUUAGGACAUCGGACGAAGAAGAGGGUCGGCAAUUUCAAAGCACUGUCGUUCAGGAUAUAAUGGCCACAAUUGAAUACACGACCCAGCAGUUCAACCUCUUCGAGCACUAUAAGGUGGACCACUACCUCAAAUCGUCUGGGUUGGCCAUCAGUCGUCGGUAUCGAGGACGAGGGAUAGCAACGGAAGUCCUGAAAACUCGCGUUCCUCUCUGCAAGGCCUUCGGUAUCAAAUUAACGGCGACCAAUUUUGCCUCGGAUGCUGCGCAAGUGGCAGCUACGAUAGCCGGAUUCGAGACGAAUUUCGAAGUGACCUACGAGGACUUUGCGAAAAUGGGCUCCAGAUACUCAUUCCCUGGCAUCCAAUCAAAAAGUUUGAAAUUAAUGAGUUUGAGGAUAGUAUGAAUAAAUUAUGAUGAAAGUCUCAAGGUAGAAGAUGAAUCGAUGAUCUUGUGGUAGGUAUAACAUACAUGGGUAUACUCGCUCUUGGCCGCCACGAAACGGCUUGAAUGAUUUUUUGCUUGAUAAAUUAAACAUAGGCACCCAUCACUAUUAGCACAACGUCGUGCGUAUACACGUAAAUUCAAAUGUCCUUUAGUACGAUCUCAAAAAUACCGUACAUCUUCACAAGGAAGAACCCCACGGCUAACACGCAGCCCUGGGGAACCUUAAUUUCUUCUGCAAAACCCUAGAUUUUGGGUUUUUAAGCCCGGUCGUACACCUUGACAAUGUCCAGUGCACCUUACUCGAUAUGAAAGCCUUGCCUGUUCCAGAGCAUGGCUCAGGGUACCCAAGUACGUAUCGAUCCUGCAACUUGGACGGAACGCAUAUUGUCGAAAGUCCAGCAGUCGGUAAUGGGAUAGAUGCUGGGUCAGCCGUCGGUUGACCAUUCUCUCCGUGAUCUCGGAUGCACGGCAGGUAAACGAUAUCAGGAGGCAGUCUUCCGUAGACCGUUCGGAUUUGCCUGGUUUCUUGAACGCAACAACCGAUCCAUGAGACAAUUUUAGAGUAAAUUCGCGUUUUGUACAUUUCCAACAAUUUCGUAUUCUUUGCUGGGGUGAGUUCAUCUUAGAACGGGUAAUGUAUCUCGUCCGGUCCUGCUGAUUAACCCUUGACGUUGACGCGUGCCAGAGUGAGUUCGUGGCGGCGGAAUGGUUGGUUGUGAUGUGGUUUAGGGUCAUUAUCUGAAAUUUUGCCGAUGUCAGAUUUCGUCGGAGUACAACUAUCACCUCUUCAUCAUUUACACAUUUUGGCAUGUUUCCGUGUCUCCGUGUCUCCCUCUUAAAGAGAAAAAUCAUUCCUUACCAAGCAUUCAACAAAACAAGUCCGUUUGUGUAUAUUUCCUCAACGUUCAAUAACAUAAUUUGUUAAAGUAUUCUCGCGUGUGUAAUUAUUUUCUGUAUCGAAUUCCGUACGCUGUAUUCCGCUGUGGUGUUCCCUCUGUCUGCCCGUCAGGUAUUAGAUAUCGAACUUAUCGCGAACUUGAGUGGGAGAGCGGUGUUCCGUUCGCCAUGGAUAGAGGAAAGCCUUGGCGUAUCCUCUUCCCUGAAAGGGCAUUGUCCCGCUGCCAAAGCUCGGCCGUAGAGCCUUGGUCAUCGAUUUCACUGCUGUUUUCGCUUCAGGAGAUCACCAUAGAACUGCUCUCUUGCCGACGACAGAGCUGCUUCUCGGUAUUGAUGUGGACGCCGCUCCGAAUAGCACUUUUGGUCAUUGGUCCGGAGUCUCUGUCAUAAUACAAGAAUUCGUCAACGUUAGUUUGUUAGGUUCCCCAGUCUGUUUGAUCGUACCACCACCAUGGUCGUCUAGUGAGUGCCGAAGGUUUAUCGUCGAGGAUCGUUAUGCAUUCACCAAAGUAGGUAGGGUAGUAGAUUAGGAAUUGUCAAGCUCAAAUAUGUCGUUGUUUCAGUAUUACCACGUUCGAAAAAAGGAGGUAAGUCGUUCAAUACUACCAGGUCGGCUUGCUUUAUGAACUCUGUGCUGUCAAUCCCGCUACGGUUGUGAUUGUUUAUACCUCAUGUUUGAUGAUGCCCAUUGAAGUCCCCUAAAACGAUGGUAGAGGUGGUUAUGUUCCGCAGAACGUGGACCAGCUUGCUCGUAGAAUGGGGAUUUUCUAGUUCGGCCGGUAUAUCGAAAUGAUUGUCACGAGAAACAGUGUCAGUCCCAAGGGAC